UUUCUGGCCAUUGUAAAAUUAAAAUCAAUCAUGGCGAUUCUUAUGAAAAUCGAAUUAUCGGUUACGUCAAUCCUUACUGUGUGUCUACGCCUUAGUGAUUACGGAAAAUGCUCCCUCACUAAUUGUCAAAAAAAUCAUGAAUGAAUGCAAUGAAUUCUAAAAUUUCUACAAUUUGUGAAUCAGAAAAUUCCACAAAUCAAGAAUGAUAAGGUACUAUGGGCCUUUUAUGUCUUAUUUCUGUGUCGGCUUAUUAUUUCCGUAUAUCUAGUCGUGACACAAUGUGUGUAGAAUGAUAACGAACAUUCUUUAUAAUCGUCAUAUGUUGUAAAAUCAUGGGUAAUCAAAAUAGUUGCUGCUGCUAUCGGAGUCCAUCUCCCAUUCGCAAAGAUAUAGUAAAGUUGGAAGACUAUCUUCCAGAAGGAGAAGUAAGCUCAAAUAACAUACAACACAUCAGCGAGAGGGAGCCUGAUGAUGGCGACAUCGAUCCAUCGCAAGAUCCGAUGGCUGGCACCAUUUUCAUGGAACGUUCUAAAGCUUCAAUAGAGAAUGGUAUGACUAGGAAGCGGAGCCAACAUCAAAUAGCUGACAAUAAAUUAAAGAAAAGCAGUUCCUGUUCUACAAUUUACUUAGAUGAUAGUACUGUGUCUCAACCAAAUUUGAAAAACACUGUGAGGUGUGUAGCACUUGCUAUUUACUAUCACAUAAAGAAUAGAAUGUCUGAGCGCAGGUUAGAUAUUUUUGAUGAGAAACUUCAUCCUUUGAGCAAAGAAGGUGUGAGUGAUGACUAUGAUAAAUACAAUCCAGAGCAUAAGCAGAUUUAUAAAUUUGUAAGAACAUUAUUUAAUGCAGCACAAUUAACUGCAGAAUGUGCUAUUAUUACUCUAGUCUAUUUAGAGAGACUUCUAAUUUGUGCUGAACUUGAUAUUGCACCUUCAAAUUGGAAAAGAAUUGUAUUAGGGGCAAUCUUAUUAGCGAGUAAGGUAUGGGACGAUCAAGCAGUUUGGAAUGUUGACUACUGUCAAAUUCUAAAAGAUAUAACUGUUGAAGAUAUGAAUGAGCUUGAACGACAAUUUCUAGAAAUGUUACAAUUCAAUAUCAAUGUUCCAUCGAGUGUCUAUGCUAAAUACUAUUUUGAUCUACGUACACUUGCUGAAGCUAAUGACCUAGCAUUUCCUAGUGAGCCUCUUAGCAAGGAAAGGGCACAAAAGUUAGAAGCGAUGUCACGAGUUAUGGAAGACAAAAUAACUGCUGAAAUUGUAAAAAAUGGUAUUAAGAAAUGGUCAAGUUUAGACAAUGUUAAUGCUGGUGCUGGAGUAAGACGAAGUGUAGCCAUUUUGUCUUAAUUCAUGUUGGAGCCAAAUUUAUUUCCAAAGUAGUAAAAAAAUUGACCAAGUUAUGAUUUUAAAUAAUAACAGAGGACACCAACUUUUGCCUUCUACAGUGAGAUAACAUUUUACAUAUAGAAUAAACAUUCAAACCACAAGUAAGUUUAUGUUAAAUGAAAAAUCUCACAUUUCAUAAAAAAGGAUCAUUAUUUUGUUACUUUAUUUCAAGAGUAAGUGUAAAAUUAUCCAUACAAAAUUUUAAUGAUUGUACAUAAAAUUAUUUUUCAAUUAAAAUGAUGGUUAUCUUAAGUAUUAUUAUUAAAUUGCAAUUAAUAGAAUUGAAAGACUAGUAAGUGGUCCAAUAUUAUUUUAUGUUAUUUAAAAAUACAAUUAAAUGAAACAUACUUUAUAUUGGCUUCCAAUUUUGUGUUUAAUUUAAAUUUUCUUAUGUUAAGUUUCUUCCAUACUUAUUGAUAUGCUAUUUUGUAGUUUUUAGAUUUUAUAGUAUGUGCAAGUGCAUUUUGACUGACAUAAUGAUCUUUUGAUUGUGGUAUGGAUGUAUUGUAGUCUUUAUUGUCAAUUUUAUUACAUUGUCAUACAGCAUUUAAAUAUAUCUGAACUGAAUAUUAAUAAUGCCAAAUUAUUUUAGAUAACAACUAUUUGUGUGAUCAUUAUUCAUAUUUAAAAAUGUGUUAAUUUAUGAACAAAACAAUUAUUGAAACAGGAAGUUUUGAAUCUGCUGUUUCGUAUUUAUUUAUAAAAUAUAUGUGUAUUAAAAAUUCAAUUAUACAAUCCAUACUUUAUGUAUCUUUCAAUAAAACAUUUUAUAUGAGA